AUGCAGCCUUCCGAGUACUCUCCACGGGAUACAGAUCCACCCGAAACUGCAGCUUCAACCGCCCUCAUUCUCAUGCCGUCAAACCCAGCACCAAAGGGAUGGAAGCACACCAUAACUAAUCCCAAUCCCAACCUCGACGCGCCUCUAGAAAGUCUCCCGCCUGAGAUCAGACGACACCUGCUCUCCAUGAUGGAACUUGACGCAUUGAAAUCUUUGGUUCAUGCAUCUCCAGUAUUUCAUCAACAGUACUUGCUGGACCGAAAAUGGGUUCUGUGUCGAUCCCUUGCAGCAACCUUGCGCAGUAACAGUCUCAUCUAUGAGGUUCGCGCGGUGUAUGAGUCCGGCUUAAAGACCUUUUGGGACACACGCACUAAACCCACCGUGAAACAGUUCGUCAAAGCAUAUCGGCAAGGCCGCUCCUCCUCCCACAACUCCCCCUUCAGUGAGGCGGUGACUCUCAGCAAAGAGCUCACGCUGGAAGAAGUCCUCUAUCUGGCGAAGUUUCAUUUCCUGAUUAUCCAGCCUCUCAUGCAGAAAUACAUCAACUGUACAUCGACAUUUCUCACGGUUGGACUACAUGUUCCCUAUGAUCAGAAGAAGGGCGGUUUGCGUGAAAUUGAAGAAAUGCGCCUACUGCGGGCUUUUUACCGGUUCCAAAUUUGCUGCAACCUGUUCGGUCAUGGCUACAACGGACGAAACUUCAGAGGUGCGCCUGGAUUCGCGGCAAUGGAGGUAUCAGCAUUGCUUGAGUCACUCUUCGAACCUUGGGAAAUUGAAGGAAUCGUUUGCAUUUACGAGUUUGUGAUAGGGUCCUACGAACGUGUUCUCCCUGUCGACUGGAAUGGGCAUUCGCCAUUCCCCCGACAAUACCAAUAUCCCUUUUUCCUACAGCGGACCCGAUUCCUGACAGAUUUGAGUGAGAUUUUCCAGCUACCCACAUUUAUGAUUGCAUGUAGUACAACUAACACUAUCUUCCAACAGCACACGGGAUUCUAUUUGGGACGAUCUCACGAGGCCUUGGGCGCUUCCGUGACCUGCUAUUCACGGAUACACAUACUUCACACUCCAGGUGGACCAUUCAAAAUAUCAACGUUGAUUCAAUGA